AUGGCUUUGCAGGCUGAACCUUACCAUUUGAGUUUUCUAAAUGAAGAUGAAAGUUGGAAUCUAUUACGUUUUAAGGUAUUCCGAAAAGGGAGUUGUCCUAUAGAUUUGAUAGAAAUUGGGAAGGAAAUUGCAAAAAAGUGUGGAGGAUUGCCACUUGCGAUUGUUGUAAUAUCAGGGCUUCUCGCAAAGAAAGACGAGACAGAAGAGUGGUGGAAGCAUGUCAGUGGAAGUGUAGGUUCCUAUAUUAUUAGUGAUCCAGAACAAUACAUGGAUACACUAGCACUGAGUUACAACCACUUGCCUCAGCACUUGAAACCUUGUUUCCUCUAUUUUGGUGCAAUUCCAGAAGACUAUGAAAUCCCUGUGAGGCAAUUGAUCUCUUUAUGCGUCGCUGAGGGAUUUAUACGGCAAAAUGAGCAGAAAAGCUUGGAGGAAGUGGCAGAGGAUUACUUGAUGGAUCUAAUUGACAGAAGUCUAACAAUUGUUUCAAAGAGAAGGUCUGACGGUGGAAUCAAAGCAUGUUGUGUCCAUGACCUUUUGCAUGAUUUAUGCUUGAGAAAGGCACGUGAGGACAAUUUUCUUCGACAGAUUUCCAGGUAUAACCAGAGUUCUGAAUAUAGGCAAUGUCAAUUGUGCAUCCAUGAUAACCUUGUUGAUAAAGCUUCUUUCGAGCCUUAUGAGGUAUGCACCCGAUCUUUCUUGUCCUUUGGUCGUUCACUUUUUGAUUUACCUAUGAUUAAGGAUGCAUCAUUCAUCUGUCAAGCCUUCAUGCUUCUUCGGGUGUUGAAUUUAUUAUCCAUUAAGAUCUUCUCUGUUCCAAUGGCAUUAGAAAGGUUGGUUCACUUAAGGUAUUUAGCACUUCAUGUUGAGGGAGAGCAUGUCACGCUAAAGAUAUCCAACCUUUGGAACCUCGAAACUAUUAUUAUUAAUGGAUCGAAAGGUUCAUUAUACUUAAAUGGUAUCCAGAAGACGGUGAAUUUGAGGCAUGUGUAUAGUACGCGUCCUAUAAAUAUCCAUGGUGACUCUCCCUCUCUAUUCAUCAACCCGCAAACCACAAGAAAACUCCCUGGUGGCUCUCCCUCGGUAUUAGAGAACGUGCAAACCAUAGGUAAACUUCCUGGUGGACAUGAUUUGGUAUGGUUUCCCAAUCUUAAAAAAUUAAAAUGUCAACAUGACAGUUUUCCAAAAGUGGACUUUUUAGUUCACCUUGAGACACUAAGCUUGAUUUACAAUGGAUACAAAAGGUGUUCCCAUCUUGAUAGGUUUCCCCCAAAACUCAAAAGCCUUACUUUAUCAAACUUCCGUCUACCAUGGGAUCAAAUGUCAAUCUUUGGGAGUUUACCCAACCUCGAGGUUCUCAAAUUGUCAUACAAGGCAUUCGAGGGACCAAGUUGGAGCACAAGUGAUGGGGAGUUUCGCAAACUCAAAUUCUUGAAACUCCGGGGCCUAGACAUUAGGCAAUGGAACACCUCCAGCAGUCACUUUCCUAGCCUUCAAACAUUGUUGUUGGACGACUGUGAACUACUUGAGGAGAUCCCAUCAAGUCUAGGGGAUGUAUCUACUCUAGAGAUGAUUCAGGUACGUUGGUGUAACCGCUCUACGGAAAAUUCUGAUCAGCAAAUUCAAGAAGAGCAAAAGAUCAUGGGAUAUGAUGGGCCUAAGGUCGUUAUCUACGCUUUACAUCAUUAUGAGGUAGUCUUUGAGGAUGUGGACGAGAACGACGAUGAAUGA